CUUGAGUUUGUGGUGUAGAUGACGUUCUACACUGACAAUGAGACCGACGCGAGAUGGCAAUACCGUACAAAGGUUUGUGGACUGAUGGCGAAGAACGACAACACAAACUGACAUGAACUCUGCGAGCAAGGUUGGUGAAAUUUUCACCGCAGCCGGAGCAGCGUUUAAUAAGCUCGGAGAAUUAACCAUGCAGUUACACCCGACGACAGAUUCACCCGCAGGUAAAUGGACUGACGAGGAAAUUGAGAUGCUCCGUCACUCGGUAAAGACCUUCAGUGAAGAUUUAAACAAAAUAAGUGAGCACAUCAAGGGACGAACGGUCUCGCAGAUUCGAACAACGUUAAAGAAGAAAGCCUUUGAAGAAGCGGGAGUGCCGAUUAGACAACAAAUGUUGUCCCAACAACAGUCGGCACAAUCGGCGGUUCAGCAGCAGUCGAAACAGCAGAGCGGAAAUCAAGGGUUAAUGGGGAAGUCAGCGGAAGUAACGUUAAACAUGUUAAACGCACCAGAAUCGGAGGUAGACGUCGAAGGACUACCGGAGGAGUGCCAAGUGAAACUUGAGUUCGAGGGUGCAACAGAAGAAGUUGCAUCUUAACACGAAAGCUUUCUAUUAAGGUGCGGCUUUUCCAUAUCUUCGAUCUCUAAACUUAAGAUAAUAUUUACGUAAUAUACGUUUAGUAUUAAGUAUCGAUAAUGUACAUUCAGUAAGUUAUGUUUCUCAAUAAAUUCGUAA